UGCUGUUUCAUGACGGUAUUUCAGAAAUAGAAAUAAAUUUUUGCAGUUUGAGGUCUGUAUAAAUAUAAGUGUUGAUCUCAGCGAGCCGCCUUAAAGAUAUAUGGAACUCUAAUUAAAUAAUGUGCACAUAAACUUGCAUUUGCAAUGUGGUAUUUUGAUAAAUGAUUCGUUUAAGUUUGUUAGACCGUCUGCUGCCGUUAAUGUCAUUGCAUUUGUCUAGCGUAGGAAUGAAUUUUUGUUCGUGACACGUCUGAGGGAGUCGGCGAUUUUUAGUUUGUAAACGAUAAGCGGGAUGGGUUUCUCUACGAGUCUACAAGGGCAGUCGUCGCAUGAGGCGUUGCUCGCCCGUCAAGAUGCCGAGAUCAAGCUACUCGAGACGAUGAGACGAUGUUUGACGAUCAAAGUUAAAUCAGACCGUGAAUAUGCCACGACAAUCUCAUCGUUGACGAUGCAAGGGAAAAAGAUUGAACGUAAUGAGGAUCUUGUUGGCAGUUUAGUAGUGCAGAGUUGGAGAGACAUUAUGGACUCUAUCGAUCAGACUGCGAAAUUAAUCAAACAGCAGGCUGAUUCCAUCGAGGCUAUAGUAGUUGAACAUAUCACAACACUAUACUCUGAAAGAAGACGAGCUAGGAAAAUAUAUCAAGAGGAACAAACAUGGUUGAAUAAUCAGUUUCAACAGUUGACUGAUGAUGUUGCCAGAAAAAAGUUGGAAUAUCAGAAGAAUCUAGAAAUGUAUAAAUUGAUGAGAUCCCGCUUCGAAGAACAUUAUGUCAAGUCUGGUAGAGUUGGUAGAAAAUUGGACGAAGUAAGAGAGAAGUACCAAAAAGCCUGUAGAAAACUUCAUCUUACACACAAUGAAUAUGUAUUACUUUUGGGUGCUGUAACAGAAUGUGAACAUGACCUAAGAACUUGUUAUUUACCAAGUUUACUUCAUCGACAACAGGCGAUUCAUCAAGAAUUUAUAACAUCAUGGAAAACCAUACUUCAGGAUAUAGUGAAAUAUUCUGAUUUUACAACAGAUAAGUUUCAAGAAAUACAUCGACGAAUGCAAAAAGCUGUAGAUUCUGUAAAACCUGUAGAAGAGUACAGAGAUUUUAUAGGAAAGCACAGAACGCGACCAGCGUCACCGAUAAGAUUUAUUUUUGAUGAGAACCUCGUGGAUGAUACAUCAGGAAAAUUAUUGCCAAAUAAAUUAACAGUAGAUAAUUUGACUAUAGAUUGGUUAAGAAAUCGACUAACAGAAUUGGAAACUUCCUUGAAAGCGACUCAACAGAAUCGACAAAAUCCGCAGUAUCCAUCUGAGAACAAUAGCGAUUCUAAAAUAUCGAUUUUGGAUUACUCUCGUGAAAGAGAAGAAUUACGGUUACGCUGCCAAGAAAAGAGACUUCAACGACAGGUGGACGUCAUUAGAGCUGCUUUAAAUGAAUUAGGUUGUGAAGAAUUACCACUUGGAUAUGAUCUUUCAAUGGAAAGUUCUUUCACCGAUUCACCCUCCAUUAGCAAGAAAAAUACAGUUGCAGAUAUCGGUCUAUUUACAUUACGAAGAAAUCAGCGAUUCAUGACAAUAUUUAGAUCUCCCUUCAAAUCUUUACCAUUAAUAAAUGACACAAAAGAUGGAACAAUUAGAUCGAGUAGCGAAGGUCCUACCUCAAAAGCAGAUAAUACUCUACAAGUUGCAUUCCGUGGGAUAUCACAUUUAACAACGAAUCAAAAAGGAAAUGGAAAUGGUGAUCUUAUGGAAGAAGAAUGGUUUCAUGGUGUGUUACCAAGGGAAGAAGUUGUAAGAUUACUCGUAACUGAAGGAGACUUUUUAGUACGUGAAACAACAAGAAACGAUGAGUGCCAAAUAGUUUUAUCUGUCUGUUGGGAUGGGCAUAAACAUUUCAUUGUGCAAACUACUCCCGAAGGACAUUAUAGAUUCGAAGGUCCUACUUUUCCGUCGAUUCAAGAAUUAAUUAGGCAUCAAUGGUUAUCCGGAUUACCAGUGACUAGUCGAUCUGGAGCUAUUCUCAAAACACCAAUUUUACGUGAACGUUGGGAACUUAAUAACGAUGAUGGUAACUUCGGAGAUGUAUAUAAAGCGCAAUUGAAAACUUGUAAGACUGAAGUGGCUGUAAAAACUUGCAAAGUAACGUUACCAGAUGAACAAAAACGUAAAUUUUUACAAGAAGGGCGGAUAUUGAAGCAAUAUGAUCAUCCAAAUAUAGUAAAGCUUAUUGGGAUUUGUGUCCAAAAACAACCUAUCAUGAUUGUUAUGGAAUUGGUACCUGGUGGUUCCCUAUUAACUUAUUUGAGAAAAAAUGCUAGUACUAUCACGCAGCAAGAACAACUUCGAAUGUGUAAAGAUGCAGCUGCAGGUAUGCGCUAUUUGGAAUCUAAAUAUUGUAUUCAUAGGGACUUAGCUGCUCGGAAUUGUCUCGUAGGAUAUGAAUCCAUAGUAAAAAUAUCAGAUUUUGGAAUGUCACGAGAAGAAGAAGAGUACAUAGUAUCGGAUGGUAUGAAACAAAUUCCAAUUAAAUGGACCGCACCAGAGGCAUUAAAUUUUGGUAAAUAUACGUCGCUUUGUGAUGUGUGGAGUUACGGAAUCUUAAUGUGGGAGAUAUUUUCUAAAGGUGGAAAUCCUUAUAGUGGAAUGUCUAAUUCUCAAGCUCGUGAAAAAAUAGAUGCAGGUUAUCGAAUGCCAGCACCAGAAAACACACCUGAUGAAAUAUAUCGUUUGAUGUUACGAUGCUGGGAAUAUGAACCAGAAAAACGUCCACAUUUCGAUCAAAUAUUUACUGUUGUUGAAACACUUUCUCAAGCGUAUUUAUAAAUAAUAAUUUUAAGUCAAUGUUAAUCUAUAUCGUAAAUAACAUUCUUUUCACAUUGUUUAUUAUAGUUCUCAAUUUUCUCAUGCAAAUCUUAUAAUAUUUCAGAAUAUGAGCUUUAAAAAACAAUGCUCAUUAAAAUGUAUGUACAUGAUAUAUUCAUGAUUUUCUAUGAAAAUUUCAAUCAUUGCAGUAAUCUGUUUUAUGGAAAUGAUUUUCAUAGCGAGCAAUUGAUGUUUUCAUUUUCGCAUUGUAUUUGUACAUCAUUGUGAAUAGAGUGUGAAUAUGUAUCGUACUAUGAUGUAAUAGUAUACGAAACCGUAUUGGUUGAUAUCUUCGAGAACUUUCAAAAUGACCCAAUAUUGAUACAUUUUCUAUUGUUCAUUUGAUUUUUUAUAUUAACAGUUCUGCUUUAAAAUUCCUUAUAUUAUUUAUAUCCGUCCAAAAAAAUAUUUCAAUUUUAUCAAUCAGUAUUUAUCGGUAUAAUAAAGAAUGUUAGAUAUU